UUGUAUUUUCAGCGUCCAUCAUUUUCUAAGUCAGCAUCUGUCGAGCUAUCAAGACAGCUGCUCUAUCUCCAUCUUCAGACAAACUGGACUCCAGUGAUAAGUUGAAAGGAAAGGGAGUCGCGAUAUAUCACAAGUGCACGUUGGCGCCUACAUCGGCAAGAUGGGAGAGGGUUUUCGAGAGUUUUAUCUCAACCCUCGAUACAGCGAUUUGAAAAUUACCUGUGAUGGGCAAACUUUCCCGGCUCAUCGAGUAGUUGUCUGCUCUAACUCUUCAUAUUUUGCAGCUGCUUGUAGCGAUAAAUUCGCGGAUGGAGCAGCGCAGGAAAUUUCCAUCACCGGGUUCAGCCCACUGCAAGUCAAAAUUAUGUUGCAGUGCCUCUACAUGGGGUACUAUACUAUCAAAGAUGAGGAUGUGGAUGUGGCAGCCCUGGCAGUAUUUGGCGCUACAAAAUCCCUUUACCGAGGGAUUACCCAAAGAGAACGCAUUGUUAUCUUCCAUGCACAGAUGUACGGCGUUGGCGCUUGCUUUCAGAGCCGAAGACUCAAGUUCAUAGCUGAACAGAGUUUCUCCGACACAUUUCGCCAGAUCAAGACUGUGGAAGCAUUUACUGCAGCUGUUGAGGUUAUUUACAGUACGACGCCGGAGUCGGACAGAGGUCUGCGUAAAAUUGUGGUUCAGAAUAUGAUGGACAAUAACAAGGGUUUCGACAAGGUCAUAGGAGAGGUGCCGAAAUUUGCAACUGAUCUUCUGAUUAGUGCGUUGUGCCGCAUUCGCCGCAUAAAUGAAAGUUCGAGGUGGUAGGAGUGCAUACAAAUACUCUACAGGAAUCUUUGGGCAUUUCCAGAAUGGAAAAUGCAGUUCUUAAAAACACAGACUUAUUCCUACAAGAAUCACGUGCACUAUCGCUGUUGAUUG